GACUCCAACAUGUCCCAGGACUCCACUCUGUCCCAGCUCGCUGGGGCGUCGCCGCUGCCGGCGGGGCCGAGGGCGGACGCCCCGGCGCCGGCAGAGGGCGCGGCCCGCGCCUCCGCCAGGCUGCCGAGCUCGAGGCCCGCGCCGAUGAUGCGCCAGUGCUCGGACGGCCAGCUGACGGCGCCGGCGGUGGCGCCGCGCCUCCACGCCGUGGCGUCGCGCCACCUGCGAGUGGCCACGACGGGCGGCAUCUCCAGCAGGACGCCGAGCGGCGACAGCCAGGCCACGGCGCUGGGCCACAGGCGAGGGGCCACGACGGGCGGCAUCUCCAGGACGCUGAGCGGCGACAGCCAUGGCACCCUCGGCACGGCCGCAACGGAGCCGCCCGGCGUCCAGGGCGGCAGCGACUCCGAGACCCCCCCAUCCAGGAGGCCGGGCGGCGCCCGCGGCCCCCGCGGCAGGCGCGCGGUCUCCCCGCUCUUCGGCGGCGCUGUCCCCGCCGCGCCGCUGCCGAGCGCCCCAGUGCCCCUUCGCCUCUCCCGCCGCGCCUCGGGGGAGCCC